GCCGCCGCCGCCGGGCAGGUGGUUCCGGGCCGCGGACGGGCUGGGCUGCUCCGUUCCGCCAUGCCGCGGUACUGCGCCGCCUCCUGCUGCAAGAACCGAGGGGGCCAAAGCGCCAGGGACCAGCGCAAGUUGAGCUUCUACCCAUUUCCACUUCAUGAUAAAGAGCGACUUGAGAAAUGGUUGCGGAAUAUGAAACGAGAUGCAUGGACUCCAAGUAAGCACCAGCUUCUAUGCAGUGAUCAUUUUACUCCUGAUUCCCUUGAUGUGCGAUGGGGUAUACGAUACUUGAAACAUAAUGCUGUACCAACAAUUUUCUCUUCCCCAGAUGAUGAGGAAAAAGACUCUUCUCAGAAGACCCCAAAAGAAAAAAAGAGAGAUGACCUGGAAGAAACAAAUACAAAUGUAGAGUCAAAGGCGGCAUCUGCAUUACUUGAACCUAGUACGCCAAAGAAAAAUCCUGUAAUUCCAGAAAAUGUAGAUGAAAAAGCAGUAGUUUGCUCAACUGCAUUGAGUAAACCUUUACAAAUUCAAAAACUACAACUUCAAAAUGGAGAAGACUUUCAGGCAGACUGUGUCAUUCUUGAUCAUUCAUCUAAGCAGCAUAUACAUCAACCUAAUCCUCUUGUAAUGCCACCAGCAGUCCAGAGCAUGGAAGGUACCAGUGUUUCUACUGCUGUAGAGAAUCCAGUGGGUUGUACAGCUACAGUCUUGCAGUUUACAGACCCUGAAUACUUGAAUUCGUCUCUGAAACUGAACAAUGCUUUAGGUUCAAUUACUGACUAUGCAAUUGAAAAUCCUAAUUCUCAUGUUGUAGGCUGUUCUGUUGAAGUACAGCCAACAAGUGAAAAUGCAGUUUUACUGAGUACAGUCACACAAACUAUUGAACAAUUCAGUGGAGGUGAAGAAUCUGUCAUUGCUAUUAUUGUGCCAGCAGAGAGUCCAGAAGAGCCUGAAAUAGAAAAUAGUUCUUUUCUGCCGAUUAAGCACGAGUUUCUUGACACAGAGGACAUAGAAACAGAAACAGAUAAAUCUGUGUAUAUGAAUGCAUAUGGUGGAAAUGAAGUAUUACAAACUGAGCAUUCAUACUGCAAACAAGACAUAGACAGAGAUCACCUUUGGCAAAAAAUUUCAAAGCUCUACUCUAAGAUAACUCUACUUGAAAUGCAGGAGAUAAAAACUUUGGGGAGACUCAGGUCCUUGGAAGCACUUAUUGGACAACUGAAGCAAGAAAACCUGCUUUCUGAAGAAAAGCUGAAGAUUGUAGAAAACUGCUUUACAACACUUGAAGUGACUAUGAUCCAAUAAAGGCUUCUGAUGAUUGUUCUAAAAUAUCUUUUUAGCCUCUUUGGCUGUCCUUUUGGACAAAUUAACUUUUGUUUCAGUCAUGGUAUUUUAAACAUCUAACGCAAAUUGUGUGAAUAGCAAAUAUUUUUUAAAAUCAACCACUACCAAAGCUAGGUGGUAGAAUAUUACCUAUAAAACAUGACUUGCAAGUAAGCUUUAAAAAAAAAAACAAACUAUUAAAGUUUUGUUAAAAACAAUAUGAAUUGAAUCUAUAAAGAUAAGUUAAACCUUUCUAUCUGCAGGCUUCUCUGAAACAUGCAACUUCUGCAUUUGGGGCAGCAGUAAAAUGGACAGAAUAACCAUGAAGGAUGGACAAUUGUAAAACUUGUUUUAAAAAAAGAAGUGUCGUAAUUCUCUUUCAGAUGAGUAAGGAGGUAUGUAAUACACAUUGUCCACUGAGGCCGCAAUUACUCUUUAAUUUUCCGUUCAUCUAACAUUUGUUCUGAUAAAUUUUUGUACACUUUGACCUUAUUAAAAUUGUUUCUGCA